CUGAGUUCUACCUGUCAUCUUAAACGUGCAGUGACUUUAAUGCCAUACUCUUUAUCGAGCUGCCUGACAAAGACAUCAUUCAUAUGCUGCACAAUGAUCAACUCUUACAAUCAAAGCCCUCCAGCAGACCCAUCCCGGGGUCUAAAGUCACCCUCAUCCAUUAUGAAAAUUUCUGUAUGGAUUUUUACUCUUUCGGUGCUUGCGCAGGUUGUUGGGAUCUGUAUUUUUGGGGUAUACUUCCACACGAAAAUAGAUAAGAUUGAAGAUGAAAUGAACUUAUCUGAGGAAUAUUUAUUCAUACGGAGAAUACAGAAAUGUCGGAAAGAAGGAAACGUAGAUUCAUCAUUACUGAGCUGCAAAGAGGUUUUAAAUAGAUUCCGAAGCCUAAUCCCGGAGAUCAUUCCAACAGGACCUUCUGGAGAAAAACAUGAAAAGUUAACAGAUAGAAAUCCAAUGCCUUAUGUGGGAGAAAAAGAUGUUACAGUAAAGAAAGACGCAGCAGUUGCCAUACAUUUAGUGGGAGACAGACCCAACAGCACCAAAGAGGCUCUUCGUUGGAAAGAAAAAGGAUAUUUAACAACAAAAUCGGAAAUAUCAUACACAAAUGGAAAAUUACGAGUGGAAACGCCUGGUGUGUAUUAUGUGUACUCCCAGGUCAGUUUUAGUGCAAGCUCCGCGCAGUUCCAGAAGGCUCCAUUUGUACAGUACAUCUACAUGAAGAGAAUGCAUGAAACUGAACGGCUUUUGGUGAAAGGAGCAAAUACAUUGGCACAGCCUGCUAUUUCGGCUUUGCACUCAUCCAAGGUCGGAGCUGUCUUUACACUCAAGAGGAACGAUUUUAUAUUUGUCAAUGUGACUGAUCCAUCACUUAUCGAUUACAGUCCUGAACUUACGUAUUUUGGUAUGUUCAAGCUCGGAGAAACGUCAUGAUCUUUAAGCUACCUUCUAAUAUAGUUCAGUCAACAGUUACUUGCUGAAUGUAUAUUUUACUGAAAAAACUGAUUUCUUGUUCUUGCUAGAAUUCCAAAAGACAACUACAUUGAGCACAGCAAGGGGUCUGCAACCUCUGACACCCCAGCCAUUGUGAAUAUACAACUCCCAGCAUGCACACUUGUUCAGCUGUUCUAGGAACUCCCAUAGAAUUGAAAGGAACACGCUGGGAGCUGUGGCUUCAAAACAGCUGGAGUACUUGAAGUUGUUGACCCCUGGAAUAGGACAACUGUUUCCAGUGAAGCUUCACUGGCCACAAAAUGCUGUUAGUAUUAGGUCUCAUGCCUACAGUAAAACCUAUAGGCACAAGACCCAGUGCUUAUGUGCUCUGUACCGCUAUAUUGCACCUUCAUGGAUUCAGAAGAAAUAUGUUAGACAUUUUAAAGAAUACAGAGACAGCAUAUGGACCCAGAGCUUUCUACUAGUACAGUACUUUUUAUUUUACUGAAUGCACUGAAAACACUGCCGUAAGUCCAGACCAAAAGCUAUUAUACCAUUAGAGGGGUUUUCAAUUUAGGGAAUCUUCUUGAUAGGCUGUGUAUUACUAUUAGGACCUCCAGUGAUCAGCUGUAGUUUGUGGGGAUAUUUUCCUGCAGCACCACCUCAGGGGAAGUGAAGAAUUACACAUUGUCCAUGCAUGGCACUGAUAAGCCGGGUCACCCAGAGGAAACACACCGAUUUGGAUAAUAGCUAAGCAUCUUAAAUGGUGUGCCACCAUGCUAUUAGAGUUCUCUACUGAGUUACUGUACAGUGAAACCUCUGUGAGACAACCACAUACCUGAAUAUAAAUCCAAAUGACUUUGUAGAUGUGCACUUGGCAGCUGAAUCCAACACACUUUGGCCCAUCUUGAUUGGUUACCCCAUUGCCAAAAUAUUUACCUUUAUAGUAUAUGCAAAUGAGACCCUUGGUGCAAGAGGGUUUCACCAUUGGACCAAAAGCUCUGCUUUUUCAAUAUAUAUACAUAUAUACAUUCAUGAAGAAAUAGUGCACAAAGCCAUAUCGCACUGAAAAGGAUUCCUUUGAUAGUUUGUACCCUCUAAAAGCAUAUCUGUCAUGACAUCUGUCUGCUUAAUGAAUCCCUGCAUUUUCUAAAUUCUCUUUAUACUUUCUAUGAACCUGAUUAAUCUUAAAGGUCCUGCUAGUCCCUGAAACCAUUUUAUUUUCAUUCCUCUAAAGUUCAAAGGGUUCAUCCAUCAAAAACUAUUACUAUGCAAUGAAAUUCAGAAUUAUUGUAAUGUACAUAAAAUAAAAAUAUUGUAAGUUUUUUGUAAUGUACAUUACAUUUUCCUUUUUGGUAGCCACCUCUGCUUUAUCCUUCUGGUCAAUCUGGCCUGCUCAGUAGCUUCCGGAGUGCUGGUAUAGCAAUUCAUCUCUACUUCUGAAUUCAUAAACAUAUACAAUUAUAUCUCUCUCUAGACAGUGGAGAAGGAAAUUGGGGGCAUUAUAUACCAUAGUUAUGCAAACAUACUCUAUGCUACUCCAUCAUCUAGCAAAUGAUGACCAAAUGGAAGGUAGUAAUGUUAAUGCAAGAUUAGCCUGUACACAGGGUUUAACAUGAAGACUCGUCGGUGUACAUAGGGGCUGUAGACAAAAACAUAAAUAUAAAGCAUAAAGGAGAGGAGUUUAACGUCCAAUCAUGAGGUACUAGUUAUGUAAAAAAGAGGAGUUUAACUUCCAAUCAUGAGGUACUAGUUAUGUAAAAAAGAGGGUAGUUUUAUUACAUAACUUAUAUACAUUUAUAUAGUUAUCUAUACUUUCCACAUCUAGACCUUCUCACUCUUAUCAGUUUAGUUUGCCCAUUUUUUUUAAACAUUUUUCUAACCAAUUAAAACAUAAAAUCAAAAGAUUUGACUCAUCACAGAAAAAGCACUCGCAGCUCUGGCUCAGAAGAAGGCGGCAAACAACUCUCUUCCUAGCUUGUACGAAUGGGACCAUCUCAGUAAUCCUGGUUCUCCUGAAUACAGCACUACAUUACAAUGUGGUCCUAGAGUACAAAGAGUAGGUUAUAACCCCAAGCUCUAUUCAUCUGCAUUGACGCCUUAUUGAAUAAAUGAAUAACUGAAUGAUGAAUGUCGCAGAUUGGGUGUCCAAAAACAAAUGUAUGCUAUACGUAAACUCAUAUGCAAUCUCUGUGAGAUACAAUUGCAAAGCCGACUGGUCACUUUUGGUGAGAGUCUUGGAUCUCAAAGAACAAAUUGAUCCAAACUAUUGAUUUCGGCGUAGUUAACAUGUGGCAAGAUGUAUAGACUAAGAAUUUAUAUGCUUUUUAUGUACAUUAUAACUAUUUAUAACUUCAAUUGUUCUUAUAAAAUGCAAAUAAAAUAAUUUGUACAGUUUUUAAGUUAUUACCACUGAUGUACAUACUAAUAAAUACACAGUUUUAUAACGUCUGAUGUCUUAUGUUGUUAUUUGUGUUAAAGGGGUGAAAACUAAGCAUCUAAGGCUCUAUUCAUACUGGCAUCAUUGCUAACAGGAGCCAUUGUGGAUAUGACAGGUUUUUUUAAAUCCAUUUUGUAAUAGAUUCUGGAUCCAAA